UAUUCAUUGUUCGCAUUGUUCGUGACUUAACAGGCAGAGACGUAAAAAUCGUGGGAUAUUUUAUCAGAAUAUUAUAUUUUGAAGAUUUAAAAUAAUAUAUAAUUGUGUGAUAAGGGUACUGAAGUGAAUGCACUAACUGAAAAUAAAAAUGUCAAAGUUUAACUUCGGAACACCGGCUACUCCUACGCAGCCGACUAAUGCUCCCAUUGGAAUUACUGACCAACAAAAACCAACAGCAACAUCUGUUUUGCCUGUACCUUUUGGUUCUUCAACCCCUUCGACUACUACGACCCCUGCUGCUUCUACAUUUGGUCCGGCACAGAAUUGGACCGACAAUAAUCCAACGACGACUGGUUUGAACUUUUCCUUUGGAAAUACUCAGCCACCUACUCAACCACCUCUUACACAAACUGCAAUCACCAAUCCAGUAACAGGUACCACUACUUUAAAUUUGCUCCAAAAUCCUACAACCACUCCACAGCCUGCUGGACUAACAUUCGGAACGUCCACCGCAUCAAGUAACUUGACAUUCGGAACUCCUGCAACUACCACCAGUUUGACCUUUGGCACAACUUCUGCGCCAGGAAUUGCACCAACUUUCGGUACAACUUCUGCACCGGGAAUCGCACCAACUUUCGGGACAACUUCUGCACCGGGAAUCGCACCAACUUUCGGGACAACUUCUGCACCGGGAAUUGCACCAACUUUUGGGACAACUUCUGCGCCGGGAAUUGCACCAACUUUCGGGACAACUUCUGCGCCGGGAAUUGCACCAACUUUCGGGACAACUUCUGCGCCGGGAAUUGCACCAACUUUCGGAACAACUUCUGCGCCGGGAAUUGCACCAACUUUCGGAGUUCCUUCGACUACAGCACCAUUAUCGUUUGGAACGUCAAGUGCAAAUACAUCUUCACUAUUCGGUUCAAAUUUUGGAAGUAACUUAAACGCUCCAAAGUCAACUGCUGCAACAACUACUGCAGUGACUAGCACGAAUAAGGGUUUAGGUGGGUUAGAUGUCUCUAUAAAUAAUAAAGGACUUUCACUAGGAAGCAGUAGUCCAACAGCAGUUAAAGAAAAUCUUUUACCAAAGGAAUUAAUGCAAACUAUUGAUGGCUUCAAGGAAUUUGUAAAAACACAAAAAGUGCUAAGUUCCGACAUCGCGCGAGGUUCAUCGAGACCAUUGAAUCGAUGUGCCGAAGACACAGUGUCACUUGUAGAUUUACUUACAACGUUGGCUGGCUCUGUGCAAAGGGAUCGUUCUUCAGCAGACAAAUUGAAGCAAGACACUGCUAAGGCAUUACAAAAUGCAGAGAUUUCACAACGAACACAUGACACACCUCCUGGAUUACAAUAUGAAAAUAAUGCUCCUUAUUUGUUCUUUAUUGAAUUAGCGGGAAACUUUGAACAACAUUUACUUCUCUUCAAAUCUCAAAUUGAAAUAACGGAAAAACAUAUAAGAACAAUGAUGUCGCCUAAAACUUUAACUCCUCAAGAACUGACUAUGGCGAUGGGCAAAUUACAUGAGUCAUUAGUUGCUGUAGCUGGAAGACUACAAGGUGUGCAUACAAAAGUUCAGCAACAGAAAGAGCAGUAUUUAAAUUUUAGGAAAUACGUUUUGAAGGAUAGCUCAAACGUGUUUGAAGAUAUUAAACUAGUCAGCAAAGUUAACAAGAGUAACUUUAUGAAAAUGACAAGUGGACCAACGCCGUUUGCUCCAGGAUAUAAGAGUUUUCUAUCAUCGUCAGGAUUAAAUUUAUGCCAGUCUUCAAAUUGUGGCACAAUAAAUCCUCUAGUUUGGGGUAACAUAACACCAACACCUACAAUAUCUAACUUUUCAAUGGGAACAAGUAUGAAUCCACCGACAAGCAGUUUAACCUUUAACGCACCAGUUAACCUCACAGCUCCGUUAUCAUCCAGCACAGAUUGUAAUUCUAGUUUUCAACUUCAAAAACCUCCUCUGGGUAACAAAAGAGGAAAAUUUUAAUUCAUUUCUAGAUAUUUUGUACUAAUUAUAAUAAAUUAAUAAAAUCAAUCAUUUUUGCUUCUCCUCAGUUUUUGUAUAAAAAAAAGCUUACUUUUUACAUAAUUGUGAUUAAGUGAUUGCACAUGUAUUGAGUUCACAGCAGGAACCAAAAGCGAGUGACUAAUCACAUGAAUGAAUGUAAUCAGAUUUUAUAAGUCAAUUAAAAUAUUUAGAAUAUGUUUUCUAA